AUGUCCAAUAAUCCACUCAGUCCGGAUUCCAUCCUAAAUCAUAUGGCAGAAGCCCUACCUACUCAUCAAAAAGAAGAUACCGAUUCCGAUAUCAGCAGUUCCUAUGAAGCCAUCGCUCUUUUUUCUCAUGCCUGCAUGAUCGCUGUUGGAUUCCGACUUCUUGGAUUCGAAGAAGGACAAAAGAAUGAAACAGAAUGUGCGCAACUAGCUCCACGUUUAUCAACAAAAUGGAACUCUUCCUUCGGUUCCCAUUCUUUCCUCUACGCACACUCCCAAUCAUCCAUGCAAUACGUUGUAAAAGUCGAUCGAUUAGGUGGAAAGGCAGAGAUUAGAGGCAUAGGACUUGGCGAUGAAAGAAUAACUCGUUUUGAAGUCGGAGCCAAGGAUUAUAUCUCUUCUGCCGCUUUGCCUCUUCGAAUUCCCACCUUAAAUGAUCAAGAAGAUCGUUCAAAUCUAAAAUCAAAGCUCAAAGAGAUCUUUGUUUCUCCUUCCAGAAUCGCAGAUCUCACCACCCUUUUUAAAAUCAAUAUCAUUCAAAGACUUCUCCCUUCACUUCAAAAAGAAGGCUACGAAGAGUCUCGACACCAAGGCGAUUCCGAAGCAUCUCGCGCCCACGACGAAAGGGAAGAACAAUACGCUCGACGAAACCCACCCCGAAAUCCCCUCGCCAAUCCCAGACUUCCCUCUCCCGCCCGUCCCUAUCCCUACAACGACCCCCUCGCCGACGCACCCCGCCGACCCAUGCCUGCCGGCGAUUUCCCUCCUCCCGGCUUUGACGACGAACUCGACUUGAAUCGGAUCCCUCUACGCGGUAUAGUUCAGCCAGCCGGAGCCCCAUUCAAUAUCGGACACGAUGAUCUGCAUCCACCUGGACUAGGACCCCACGAUCCCCUGCGCGGAUCUUUUACAGGUGGUGGUGGAAGGUUAGGUGGUAUGGGUGGCUUCGGUGGUAUGCACCCUACAUUCGAUGAUCCAUUAUUUGGCGGACAAGGACAAGGCCAGGGAGGUGCAGGCAGAAACGGCGGAAUUAAUCCACAUGCACCACCGGGUGCAAGGUAUGAUCCAUUGGGACCAGGAGAUGGACCACAAAGGGGAGGAGGUGGAAGACCGCCGAAUCCAUUUGGAGGGUAUGGAAGUGGUGAUUUUCUUUGA